UUCUGGUGCCGCGGUGCGCAGCGGGGCAGACGCCGGAGUCCGGCCGGGAGGCGGUUCGCAAUGCCCUACGCCAACCAGCCCACCGUCCGAAUCACGGAGCUUACCGACGAGAAUGUCAAAUUCAUCAUCGAGAAUACGGACCUAGCGGUGGCCAACUCUAUUCGGAGAGUCUUCAUCGCUGAGGUGCCCAUAAUAGCCAUCGACUGGGUUCAGAUCGACGCCAACUCCUCAGUGCUUCACGACGAGUUCAUCGCUCACAGGCUUGGAUUAAUCCCCCUCACCAGCGAUGACAUCGUGGACAAGCUGCAGUAUUCCCGGGACUGCACGUGCGAGGAGUUCUGCCCCGAAUGCUCGGUGGAGUUCACUCUGGACGUGCGGUGCAACGAAGACCAGACUCGUCACGUCACGUCUCGAGACCUCAUCUCCAACAGCCCCCGGGUCAUCCCGGUGACAUCCCGGAACCGAGACAACGACCCCAACGAUUAUAUGGAGCAGGACGACAUCCUCAUCGUCAAGCUGCGGAAGGGCCAGGAGCUGAGGCUGCGCGCCUACGCCAAAAAGGGCUUUGGCAAGGAGCACGCGAAGUGGAACCCGACCGCAGGGGUGGCUUUCGAAUAUGACCCCGACAAUGCCCUGAGGCACACGGUGUACCCCAAGCCAGAGGAAUGGCCAAAGAGCGAGUACUCAGAGCUGGAUGAGGAUGAGUCACAGGCGCCCUAUGACCCCAACGGCAAGCCCGAGAGGUUUUACUACAACGUGGAGUCCUGCGGCUCCCUGCGCCCUGAAACCAUCGUGCUCUCCGCCCUCUCUGGACUGAAGAAGAAGCUGAGUGACUUACAGACCCAGCUGAGCCACGAGAUCCAGAGUGACGUCCUAACCAUAAACUAGCUGCGACUCGCCUGCUCCGGCACGGAGGGAUCUGGGCUGCGUCGCAGGUCUGUCCAUAGAUGCCUCACUUCCAGGUCUGGGCAGCGGUCACUUACGUUCCUUGGCAGCCAUCGGUACCCGCCAGAGGUCACGGUGGGGAAGGCAGGCCCGUCCCAGCCUCGCUUGGUCAGAGAGAGACCGCCGGGGUGACGCUGGUAUCCGGGGCAGGGCAGUCUCUUCUCGGACACUCAGCAUCCCUGGCCCUCCCUGCUUGCUGAUUGCCUGUCCUCUGCCCGGAGCCCAGACCCUCUCCCCCGGUGCCGAACCGGCCUGUAGGGGUCGCACUGCUUCCCUGUUGAAAACCACUGAGCUGGACCCUCCUCCUCUGGUCAUUUCAGGUUUGGUUUUUGUCCAAACGUUGGCAUUUUCACAGUCGUACCUUAGGUUUCUGGUGUUAGGGGUGAGUGCGCGAACGCUCCUUCAGGCUGCCUGCAAACCCAGGGCCCUCCUGCUGACACGUCACUCAGGUUCCCGAGUGUCCUAACUUGAGAACAGUGUUAGACCCUGGUUGCCCCCCACCCCGCCCCCAAAUAAACCCUGUGUUUCACUCUC